AUGUCUUCACAAAUUGGAAAAGGAAAAAUUGCGAUAGUUGGAAGUGGCCUGGUAGGUUCCAGUUGGGCAACUAUAUUCGCUAGUUCUGGGUAUGAAGUUCAAAUGUAUGAUAUCUCGGAGAAACAAUUGCAGACAGCUUUGAUACUUGUUGAGAAGAAUCUACGAAAACUAGACGAGCAUGGCCUCCAACGGGGAUGUAUUUCGGCCGAUGAAGCUAUUUUGUAUGUUUCAACAACUACAUCCCUAGAAGAGGUUAUGAAGGAUGCUAUUUAUGUUCAAGAAUCUGCGCUAGAAGACGUGAAUUUUAGAAUUGAAUUUUAUAAAAAGCUCGAUCAAUUGGCUGGUCCAAACACUAUUCUCGCAAGCAGUACUUCCACAAUCCCUGCUUCUAAAUUUACCGAUGGGCUGGUCAAUAAGGAACGCUGUCUUAUCGUUCACCCAGUCAAUCCUCCACUCUUCCUCCCUCUCACAGAACUAGUCCCUGCUCCAUGGACAUCACAAGACACUGUUGAUAGAGCUGCUGAAAUCAUGAAUUCAGUGAAACAACAACCAGUAAAACUGAAGAAAGAAAUACUCGGAUUCGCAGUUAAUCGACUUCAGUUUGCUCUUCUCGCCGAAACUUGGCGUCUGGUUGCUGAUGAUGUUAUUGGAGUGAAUGAUAUUGAUCUAGUAAUGUCAGCAGGACUUGGUCCUCGUUACGCAUUCAAUGGUCCUUGUGAAACCGUACAUUUGAAUGCAUUUGGAGUGAGAGAUUAUUUCAAAAGAUACGGUAAUGGAGCUACUAAUGUAUUAAAUGAUAUGGGAUCGGUCCCAGAUUUUUCUGAUGAAUCUGUUAUCCAGAAACUAGAAGAUGAACUAGAGAAGAAGAUGGCAACUACUAACAUUCGUGAGCAUCAAGCCGAAAGAGAAGUGAAGCUCAUCGAAAUGGCGAUUCUCAAAAAACGAUUGAAUCUCUAA